AGUUGGUCACGACGUAUGGGUCAUGCAUCGGCAACUGGCGAUCGAACAGCCAAAGGAGCGAACAUAUCAACAGUUGGUGUUGAUAUAGCUGAGUGGACGUUUGAACCGAAGAAGACAAAGGGUGAGCCAACGUUCGGACCGUUGACAUUUCGAACGUGGGAUUUUGGUGGCCAAAGAGAAUAUUACGCAACACAUCAGUAUUUUUUAUCGAGACGAUCGUUGUACAUCGUUGUUUGGCGUACUACUGAUGCUGAGGCGGCACUGCCGGAUUUAAAUCAAUGGCUCGUGAAUAUACAGGCUCGUGCACCGAAUUCACCAGUUAUUAUUGUUGGUACACACGUCGAUCAGAUUCUGUCGAAUCGAGAGCGUUUUCCGGAGGGGUAUUUGGAGGAGUUGGAUGCGAUUAUUAGAGAGCGUUUCGUGCUCGUGCCGGAUGCAGACAAGAAGGGUUUGCCACGAGUGGUUGAGUCGGUGUUCGUGUCAUCGAAAACGAAAUAUAACAUCAGAUCGUUGUGCAAUCUGCUCUACAGGACUGCAUUCGAUAUUCGAAUAGCGGGUAGCAAAGAACGUCUUUUGGACCAGAAAAUACCCGCAUCUUAUUUGGCACUUGAGAAGAUAGUGGUAGCGCUUGGUGAUGAGCGACGUUCAGUGGGUAUCGAGCCAGUGAUGAAAGCCAGUGAUUUUCGGUUGGCAGUUCAAGAGAGAAUGUUAAAAAAUUACGGUCGUGCUUUCAGAGAUGAUAUCGAAUUCAAUCAUGCUUGCUCAUUUUUACAUGAAAACGGCGUAAUGCUUCACUAUGAGGAUGUGACUUUACGUGAAUUGUAUUUUCUGGAUCCACAAUGGCUAUGUGAUAUCCUUGCACACGUGAUAACAAUACGCGAGAUAAAUCCGUUUGCGAGAAAUGGUCUAAUGAAAAUCGAUGAUUUACAUAUUCUUUUUAAAUCGUUGAAACUCGGCAAUUCAGCUAUUAAUUUAAGAUCUCAUAUAAUUUCGUUGCUACACAAAUUCGAAGUGGCGUUAACGUGGCAGUCACGUUCGCUGUUGAUUCCAUCGCUGUUGCCCGACGAAUAUCAACUGCGUGGGGGUUAUCCUGGAUCUCGAGUCGCUACCGUCAGUAACCGUUCACAAGCGAAAUUAACCGCAUUGCUCGGUGGAAAUGACCGAAAUCUGAAAGCAAAAGUGAUCACACCACAACCAAAAUUCCAGGUAGCGACCAAAGUGACCGGUUGGCAAUUGCACUGGGCACGUGAGCCAGCCCCAGCGGCUCUGGCUGGAGCAGGAGGUUCUGCUAGAGAUCGUUCCAGUGGUGGCGCUAUUCGUGGCACAGGCAAUUCCCUACCCCUGCAAUCUCUGUUCUAUCAACACAGUCUCGACGAGCCAUCGUUGUUGAAGCAUUCGAAAAGUAUGAUGACUAGCAGGAGCACAGGGCCUAGAAUUGCUAGUUCAGCUGCUGCUCAAAAGCAGUCGUCAUCGAACGUUGCGGACACAACGGUGAACUCUGGGAGCACGAAACAUGGCGCAAUUAUAAGUUUAGAUAAGAAACAACUGGAUCAAGAAGAUGGACAGCUGGUAGAACAAGAGCGAAAACAUCAAUUGGACGUUAGCAUUGUGAAUGAGAAAAUUCCGAUAGUUAUUUUACUUCGAAAUGAAAUUCAAAAGCCAAUCGGCAGAAGCAUUAUUCAUUUUGUGUGUUGGUUGAAGGAGAUCGUGCGUCGAGUGUAUGUGAUGGCUUAUGUACCGUCGGGAUUUUGGUCACGUCUAAUGACACGUAUUCUGUGUGACGAUCACAUCACCUAUUCAAUCGAGCACAUGUUCUAUAUUGAUCAGAUUUGUUGUCUAUUAUCUGCACCCACAUCAUCAACCUCGAAUCAGUCAGAAAUUGAUCAACUGAAAAGAAUUUGUGAUCGGGAAUAUAAACCUGAAUGGUUAUUGUGGCAGACGGGCAUCGAGGUGAUGUUAUUUGUUGGGAUUUUCAGUAUAGCGCUGAAUGAUGGUAGCAGAGAAUACAUUUUACGUACAGAUCGUUCAUUUGUGACAAAAUUUAUGGCGUUGGUUGUUGAUAUUAUCGACACACUCUUGGAGGAUUGGUUCGUGAAUAGUCUGUACCCGUCGUUGGGUACACGAUUCGUACAUACGUCUGAAGGUCGUCUUCUGGUGAAUCGACUGAUUCCGUGUCCAAAUUGCGCAAGUCUCUAUCGCAACUCCGCGACAGAUACGGAUUCCACUGAGAAGGACUCAAGCUUUGCGGUCAAUAAGAAACCCUCAACAAGCAGCAGUAUGCGAUCUCAAACGGUUGGUGAUUUCUGUAAGGUGGAGGCUACAACGCCAGGCGCACCCAAUCUGCUGCAUGCGUUCUCAAUUGAGGAGUGUAUUCUGAACGCACACGAAGGUAAGAAUACGGUAUGUGCGCUACACGGCGAGCAGCCCAUUGAACAGAUCGCACCUGAUACCGUAUUCCUGGACAUCAAUAGCGAUUAUCUGAUUGGGUUUGAGUUCGUGAAACGCGGCAAAAUGAUUGGUCGAGGCGCGUUCGGCUUUGUUUUCAAGGCUGCGCUCAAGAAUACGGAACAAGGAAUGCAAGAUGCAGCGCUGAAAAUGUUGGAACCAGUUGAGCCUGGAAUGGGUGCCAGAGCCUCAUCAAUCUCAGCUUAUAAAGCUGCUCGAACGAAAUGGAUUCGCGACCCAUUGCAGAACGCAUGUCGUGCGUAUUGUACGUGUCGUCAAGAGUUGAAUGUGUUAGCGUCACUGCAGCACAGCCAUAUCACUGCUCUUCUAGGCGUAUGUAGACGUCCACUUGCACUGAUUGUUGAGUUGGCUCCGUUGGGAGCGCUCAAUCAUCUGCUGUCGAAUUAUCGCCGAAGUGGAGCUCGUCUCCAUUUGAGUGUUAUCCAGGAUACGGCUAGUCAGGUGGCCAAAGCGCUCGAGUAUUUACACGAACAUCACAUAAUCUAUCGAGAUUUGAAAUGUGAAAAUGUUCUAACGUGGCGGUUUCCGCCACCGUUCAGUCAAAUCACUGACGUGCACGUAAAGUUGGGUGAUUAUGGAAUAUCGCGAAGUUCAUUUCCAUCGGGCGGAGCGAAGGGUUUCGGUGGUACUGAAGGGUUCAUGGCACCUGAAAUUAUGCGAUAUAACGGAGAGCAAGAGUACACUGAGAAGGUCGAUUUUAUGGUUAUAUUGAUAAUGUUAUUACAAUUGUUGUUUUUGUUGAUAUUAUUGUUGAAGGAAUUAUUGUAUCCAUGCAAUGUGUUGGAUGUGAUGGUGAUCUGUUGGGCAUCACAGCCAGUCGACAGACCGUCGGCCUCGCAGAUUGUCUCGAUGACGACUGCACCCGAAUUCACGCAUUUAUUAGAUGUGAUCUCGUUGAACGACGCCGAUUCGAGUGUAAAUUCGUCGGUUUCAUUUCCGACGGUUGACGAGACUGAGAUAGGAUCGAAUUUUGAGGAUAGUGUUGAGGGAGAGGUGUGGCUGAGUCGAUCCGAUGGAUCGGUGACUGUGCUUGGUUGUAAUCAGUACGGAUGGCUCGAUUCAAAGAGUAUAACGGUGGGUGUUGAUGGCACGAUAAUAACAGCAAUGUGCGUUGUGAGUGACUCCAUUUGGCUAGCUGAAUCGACGGGGAUUAUACGAGUUUAUUGUCGAUCCUCCUAUGCAGAGCUGUAUUCGUUUUCAAUAUCACGAUUCCUUCCGUCAGCUCACCUCUCGAUCAGUGUUCUGUCACUGACGGUAUUCUCGCAAUUCCCUCAGUUGAUUCUUGUCUCGCUACCAUCAACUCUGUUAUUAUUGCGUGGUGAUCGAUGUAUUGAUAAUCCUUUCGUUUCCAUUUGUGACACUUCUAUCAUCUAUUCAUCAGCCGUUCUGGAUACGAAUAGUAAUAACAAUAAUAUCAGGUGGUUUUGGAUUUUGUUGAAGUUUGAAGAUUUACUGAAACUGUUAACUGUAGCAAAUUAUGAAUGUUAUUAUUGUUGUUGUUACAGGCAGAUUUGGACAGGGCAUUGUGAGGGUGCGAUUUCGGUGUAUACAAUUGGCGCAGAUGAGAAAUUCCAAUUGAGCGAUAGUUUAACGCAUGGCACUGCAGAGGGUGCCGGUGCAGGGCAACAUAUGGGCACCGUUUCACAUUUGGUCACUAGUCGAGCAGAUCCCACGCUCGUAUGGUCUGCGGUUAUUCCGGGCAGUAAGGUAUAUCAAUGGUCAAUCGUUGACCGUAAAAUUCGUUCGAAGUUGGACGCGCGUAAGAUUCUACCCUCAUCAGAGUCGAUCUCAACGUUGGACAUCGAAGCGGCUCGAGACGGUCAUGUGACCGCAUUGUCGUUGCUUGAUAAGCCCGAUGGUGCACAACUGUAUAUAGGUACAAGUAAGGGGGUGGUGAUUGUGGCACAGGCUCUUCAGGUAAUCUUUCGUAACAUUCUGAAUUUUCUCUUGGGGGGAUUGACAUUAUCAUCAGUGCAGCACAUCCUUGGCUCUCAAAAAGGUAUAAGAUUCCUGAGAUUUGCCAAGGGUGUAAGAUUCCCUGCCGUAAGGUUCACGUGCUCUGACGAUCAUAAGCUGACGAGAUUGUUUAUUUUGCAGAUGCGACCGUUAGCUGCAUUCCGUCCAUAUCUAGAGGAUGUUCAUUCAAUAGUGGUAUUGGAUGGCGCACUAGCAUUAUUGGAGUUGAACUGUCGCGGUAAUCGACAGCGUGAUAUGAACAACGUGAGUGGACUGAGUGGUGUAAGUGGAUCUGCGUCGAGAUCAGUGGGAGGUAUUAGCACGAAUAGUGGAAAUGGCAACGAAUUGAUGAUGGACACUGUGAACUGGGUCAAGGAUCGCGUCUCGGAAACUGUCAAUCGAUUCAGAUUGACUUCGAAUGAUUAUCAGCAAUCGUCAGGCAGUUAUAUCGUGACCAUUGGGAAUGGAUAUAGAUGUCUGAUCGAUCGAUUCACCGAUCAAAAGCAUCAGCGAUCAACACCACCAAGACGCGAGUCGCACUGUGCGAUUAUAUGGCGUACUGAUGACUGGGUAUCAUGA